GCCCCGGAGUCCGCGCUGCAGACCGGGCCCCGCGGUGAGCAGAGCCCGGAGUCGCACGCCGUGGAGCGCGCCCGGAGCGCAGCGACUCGAGGCUCCAGCACCCUGGAGAGCGCGCUGGGUGCCGGGGGGCCUGGGUUCAGCACCAAGGACAAGGCUCCGGGGUGAGCGCCCCAUGCCCCGGGCUCCCACCAGGGACCAGCACCAUGGAGAGGAGGCUGAACGUGAGCCCGGAGGCGCUCAACAGGCUCCUGGAGGAGCACAACAUGACCAGGGAAGAGUUCAUUGCCGCCUACGGCCUCAAACCCCUCGUCUACAUCCCAGAGCUGCCUCCCAGUGCCAAGGUUACCUUCCUGGUGCUCUACAUCAUCAUCUUCGCGCUGGCUCUUCUGGGCAACAGCCUGGUGGUCUACAUCAUCAUCCGGCGGAAAGCCAUGAGAACGGCCACCAAUAUUUUCAUCUGCUCCCUGGCCUGCAGUGACCUGCUGGUCACUUUCUUCUGCAUCCCUUUCACUCUCCUGCAGAACGUCUCCUCAGAGUGGCUAGGUGGCCCCUUUGUGUGCAAGAUGGUCCCCUUCAUUCAGACCACGGCAGUUGUGGCCAGCACCCUUACCAUGACAUGCAUUGCUGUAGAGAGGUACCAAGGAAUAGUUCACCCACUGAAGAUGAAGAGACAGUACACAAACAAGAGAAGCUACAAAAUGCUAGGAUUCAUAUGGAUGAUUGCAGUCAUUGUUGGGUCGCCCAUGCUGUACGUUCAGACUCUGGAGGUGAAAUAUGACUUUCUCUAUAAUAUUCAUCAUGUCUGCUGUCUGGAGUCCUGGCAUAGCAUUGAGCUGCGCCGUGCUUACGCAAUCUUUAUCCUGGUGGCCUUGUUUCUGGUGCCACUCACGGCCAUGCUGAUGCUCUACUCCCGGAUAGGAUACGAGCUGUGGAUCAAGAAACGGAUUGGAGAUUCUUCAGUACUGAACACCCUGAGUCGCCACGAAAUGGCUAAAAUAACAAGGAAGAAGAAACGAGCUGUGAUGAUGAUGGUUAUUGUAGUGCUGUUCUUCGCUGCGUGCUGGGCACCUUUUCACGUUGUCCACAUGUUGUUUGAAUACAAUAACCUGGAGGAAAGCUACGAUGACGUCACCGUAAAGAUAAUCUUUGCCAUCGUCCAGGCCGUCGGGUUCUUUAACUCUUUCAAUAACCCCGUGGUCUACACUUUUAUGAAUGAGAACUUCAAGAAGAGCUUCGUGGCUAUUCUCUUCUGCAGUUUGCGGAGCCCCGAGCCAGCCGACAAGCAGGAGAGCCAGCAGCUGGAAAGGGCCAAAAUGGGACCCUCGAACUGUGGCAUCAGGAAGGAGGGCAGAAGCUUGCACAGCCACCUGAGUGCAGAGAACCUGGAACUGAGACUCUGUGAGCAGGUGCCAUCCGCAAAGCUGGAGUCAGUGCUUUCAGUGGCGGUCAUUACCUACCCCAUGGUGACCACCCAUAAGGAGAUACUGCCCAAUGGACAGUCAGCAUGAUUGCUGCUGACUUCAAGUACACACUGUGCUUCAUGGAUCAAAAUAACUUUGCAUUAGGGAGCAGUAUCCACUUUAAUGAAAACAAGCCACACUGAGUGCUUUAAUAUUUCCAGUGUUCUCUUUCGUCAUUGGUUUCUAUAUUUCACUCAAUUUCCAGCUGCCCAAGUCUCCAUCUCAAAUGCAACCUAUGGAAUAUGGGACCAGGUAUGGAUGAGUUUCAGAGGAUAAAAGGCUGCCAGUUUUCCAAAGGGAUGGAGAGAGAGAGUGGUAGAAUGUUCCUUUUUUAAUUAUUGCUAUUUUAUUCAUCUUCCCUCUUGAGCUGAUGGUUCCAUCCAACCCCAAACAAAUCAGGUUAAUUGGGGUUGAACCAUCAGCCCCCUUGUCUCCAGUAGGUGUUGAAGGUGCUUUGCACCUUACAGGAUCAGACACGCACCCCCGUAAAUUAGAAGCUGGAAAUGCAUGAACCAUGGAAACCUAGUUUUAGGAACUGUCUGCUCUCGCCUGACUCUCAGACAUGGGGAUGGGGGUUAGACAGCAUGCUCUGUACAGAGGGCCUCUUUCACGGACUUUGCUCAAGAGUCCACGCUGCUAUCAGCUGCCUGAGCUGACAAAACAAUGUUGCAUCCCACGGAGCCUGCUGCUGCUGCUGCUGCUCAUAUACUGGUGUCAGAUCUGUGUGAGGAGCUGGGAAGGAAACGGUUUCUCCAGCCCAGGAGUGUUUUUGGAGAUUUCAAAAUUUUUUUCCCAUCCCAAAAAGUCAAAAUCUCCAAAAUUUUCAUGAAUCAAAAAAAUCUAAAAUUCAGGAACUGUUGAAAUAUUUUGUCUUGAUCUUUUUUUCUAACAAGAAUAAUACUUCAUGAUUUAAUUAAUACCAAAUCUAACUAAAAUUUUACGUGCACAAAAAAAAGCCUUUUUGAACAGAAAAUGUGUUUCCAAAAUGGUUGGCAAGUCCUGUUUUGGCCUCUUUUCCAACCGUUUGGGAAAUACAAUUCACAAAUGUUUUGAAACGGGAGAUUCCUCAGCAGCGAUCCUUUCCCGUGCACUGCUUCAGUUUUGAUGAAUCAGCAUUUUCAAACAAAAAGAAGGUUUUGGCUGAAAAUUCCUGACCAGCUGUACAGAUGUUGCCUCAUUGACUUCAGUGAAGUUAUUCCUCAUUGCCACCUGGAUGAAAGCAGACUAAUUCUGAAUGCCCGUGAGGCUGUUCUGAAACAACGGGGAAUGACCAGCUUGCCACAUCAGCACAGACAUUCAUCAUGUGCAGGGAGGAAAGGCUGAUGUCUGUUUUAUACCAGAAGCUACUAUUCUAGUGCAUAUUGCUGUUGCACUUGCCUGCAUACUCUACAGUCAAUAAUGUGCCUGCCUAGCAAUGCUACAUUGUAAUUACUGGUUUGAGGUGGGUUAAGUGUAUUGAGAUAUUUUCCUUACUGUGAAAAUUCACUAGCAUCCAUGCUUCUGUUGUAAAGCCUUUUCUUUCCAAUAAGAAAAAUUUGCUUUUGAAAUCUACAUGGCAUUGGCCCCUGAAGCAAAAGUCUACACAUCUUUGAAGCUUUUGUUGUUGUUGUUGUUAGGUCAAUUGCUACUCUGGGUUCUACGUCAGUUAUACGUUUGGAGAAUAAACCGUUGACUGAGAACACCAGCACCAGCCAUGUAGACUAUUUCAUGGGUAGAUCUCAAAGCACUUUACAGAGGUGCAUCAGUGUAAUUUCCCCGAUUUUACAGGGGGGGGGGGGGUUAUGGAAGGAGGAAGUGAAACACAGAGUGUACGGGACAUUUAAAAUGAUGGAUGUCAAGGAACGGUCUUUGCUACCUCACCCCUUCACAAGGAAAUUUCACUUAGGAAAGAAUCAUUAAAAAAAAAAAAAAUCAGAGAAAAAAUCCAGUAUGGAUUCUGAAUAUAAAUAUUAUAUGUACUGUGGUAGUAGCUAGGAAUCCCAGUCAUGGACCAGGACCCCACUGUGCGAGGCGCUGUACAAACACAGAACAAAAAGGUGGUCCCUCCCCCAAAGAACUUACAGUAAGUAAAUAUAUAUUCAGAGGUAAGGUGUAAAAUGAGAGGUGGAUUAGGCCACUUUAGGGUGGGGAGCUGCUACAACAAGGGGCCAGAAGAAGGUGGAUGUCGAAGUAGGAAAUGCCCUACUUUAACUCCCAUCUUCUUACACCCUCUUGGUAGCUGCUUUUCCUGCUGUCUCCUUUGGGCCAGACUUUCACGAGCUCAGCUCCCAUUUAGGCUACAUCUACACUGCAAUUAAAAAACCCACUGCAUGGCCACAGUGGGCCUAGACUCAGACUCAAGAGAAGGAAAACAAUUCUCAAGGUUUCUUCCUGGUCCUGCUUGCAGGCAGAGGCUCUGGAGGGAAGCCUGUGAUCAGAAUGCAUUCAGAAGACAGGCAGCCUACAGUAGGGUGGGGUAAGUUUUGCCUCUCUGUUUUAAGGAGCAGCCUGCUUCGUUUCUCUCUGUUCUGGGUGGUUGUGUGUAAUCGUUCUAUAUUGAG